UUUAUAAUGCCAUAUUAUGUAUUCAUGUGAUCGUUAAAUAAUUAUUUUUUAAAAGAAAAUUUCUUUUAAAAACUAUAGUACUAUGCAUAAAUAAAUGUUGUAUUUUUUAAUUAGCCAUAUUCUGCGCCCUAAAUUAUGUCGUUCCUGUCUAACGACCAAUGAAAACUGUCGAAAGAAGGGUUGCGUCGAUACACAUGCGCAGUAAACACAGUUCACCCUGAGACUCGAGACACGGUCAAAACACGCAUUCGUCUCCUUGUUGCGUUAUUACUCUGUUUCGUGGCUUCUUGAUGUCUUCGAUUUUACGUUUAAGUGUUUGAUCAGUCAUACUCUAAGUGCCGGUGAUUCUGUCGUCUACCUGAUCGCUUUAUAUAACGAUCAUUUGUUUAACCCUAGUUAAACUGUUCGCGUGUUAUUAGGUUGUCUUAUUAAUUUGUUGUAAAUUAUUGUUUCCCGCGCGUACCAUGCAGUGCAUCACAGUUUUUUAGCAUUCGCUUCAGAUCGGUGGGUCGACUUUUGAAUACACCAGAGGAGCCGAAGCAGUAUCGUUCGCCGCAUGGGUGCCUGGGUUGACGAUCGUUUCGCGGUGGAGGAGGUGGUCCCGAUUAACCAAGGCCCGAGAAGAAGGAAAGCUUCCCGCAUCCUGGGCCACAUUUGCGAUGGUGGCGGUCCAGGUGCGAUUGAUCAGCCAUCAAAGAACUAUAAUAAUAAAUCAUCAAAAUUGUCAGCGAGGUCGUCAUUGCUGCCAUUACGACGUCAGUUCACCAGACAGCUCUACGAGUGGCCGUGUUUACCGUUGUUUAAGUCAAGGACGAACUAGCUGUGUAUGCGAGAAAACGUACAAGGGAAACUAACAUUGUGUACAAAGAGAAUAUAGAUAGUGGAGGAGAGUUGGAGGGAGGGCGGGGAAGGAUUCAAUAAAUUCGAUGAGGUUGCGUUAGAUUUCUCGAGGACUGCGCUUAAUUAGCCAGUUAUCCAAAACUUGGCAUCGUCAUCAUCAUGGCCGAGUGGGCCAAGUUCAAUGGCGAGGAAAGACCGAAAGAGAUUAUCCAUACGGAGAUCAGGGAAGAGGAGGAUAACGGGGUGUCGCGGAAUGAUUUGAGAAACGGUGAAGCUGUAUCGAGGAGAAUAGAGGAGGAGUUAUUAUUAGAGAGGAGGCGUUCUUCCUGUAACAGAACGCCUCAGGAGACCCCACGGAAGGCCGAGAUCGUGUCAGCGGAAUUAAAUUCUCUGGUAAAGGAUUCUUCGAGAUUGAGAAGAAAUUCCGACCGAAUAGGAAUCCUUUCGGAGGAGCAAUCGAAAGCUCUAAACGAUCAGAGCUACGAGAACGACGUGGCGACGGAGAAGUCGUCCGAGGACGAGGAUGACAAUUGUCUAGAAAGAACGUUCGACAGCUACGAAGAGUCCGGCUCGAAGAUCCGUCGGGAAGCUAAGCAGGAAUUACAGAACUCUGUUAAGAGACCGCGCAGUCUGUACAAGGAGGACGUUCCCAGCCCGCAGAAACGUAAGAGCGUGUUCGCAGAAGGAAGGAACUCGAUUUUCGGUUCCCCCACGAGGAUCCUGUCGAAGAAACACUCGCCGUCCGAGAAGAGUACCGAGAAACUGGUCAAUGGAAAAUUGUCACGGGAAGAGAAGCAGCAGCAUCACGUACAAUUCAACAAGGACUCGAAGAAGCAACAGUCGCGCGAGGACAGGGCACAGCCGAGCCCUUCGAUUCCUACGUCGACCACCGGCAGUUCCGACGAUAACUCGAGCUUGGAUCAAUUGUGCGAAGCUACUCCACCCGACGGAGGAUGGGGCUGGGUCGUGGUAGCAGCCUCGUUCAUGGUCAACCUCAUAGCCGACGGGAUCACGUUUUCCUUCGGCGUGAUCUACGUUGAAUUCCUGAAUUACUUCGGCGAGGGAAAGUCGAAGACCGCGUGGAUAGGUAGCUUGUUCAUGGCUAUGCCGUUGUUGUCCGGUCCUGUCGCCAGUUUCCUAACGGACAGAUACGGUUGCCGGCGUGUUUCCAUAGCUGGUAGCAUUUUAGCGACUACCGGUUUCGUGAUAAGCUCGUACGCCAACUCGAUGGAGGUUUUGGUAUUCACUUUCGGCGUUCUAGCCGGAUUCGGUUUAUCUCUGUGCUUCGUCGCAGCGGUGGUGAUCGUCGCGUAUUACUUCGACAAGAAGAGAUCCUUUGCCACGGGACUGUCCGUGUGCGGCAGCGGUAUAGGGACGUUUAUUUUCGCCCCUGUAACCCAGUAUCUUUUAGCCGAAUACGGCUGGCGUGGAACCACCCUGAUACUAGCAGGGUUGUUCCUCAAUCUCGCCGUUUGCGGCUGUCUGAUGAGGGACCUCGAAUGGACCACCACUAGAGCGAAGGCGAAGACCGAGGAGAGGCGCAAGAAUCGUGAAAAGAAGAGGAGUAGGAUACAAAGUUCGAGCGUUGAUUCGUUCUACGCUAGCAAUUCAUUGAAUACACUGACUAUCAUGGAGAAUCUACGGCUGCACGAAGAAGAGGACGGGGAGAAAUUGUUCUCCAGUCUGGUCAGCCUGCCGACGUUCGUGAAAAACGGUGAGAAGGUACCACUGGAGGUGUUGGAAUUGCUGAGCACUCGGAAAAACGUGUACAACGUGUUGCUACAGAAUUACCCGAGCCUUUUGAUAUCAUCCCGAAGCUUCAGCGAUUCCGGUGCGCUUCACGAUCAGCUUAGCACACCCUCGGCAAGGUUCGUACCGACUCCGAGUCCGUUGUCCGAGCUUAAAGGCGACGAGAACAAGGACAAGGUCUUGCCGAGCAACGACGAGCAAACUUCUCAACAGCAAGCCGACGCAGCUUGGCGUUCCUGGUGGUUGAAAAAGAUCAAUCUGGAUAGUUCUUUGAGAAGAUCCAGCACGCUCGAGCACACUAGAAGGCUACCCACUGCUUACCUGAAGGAUAUCAGAGUACACAGGCACAGUCUUACCUACAGGGGCGCUAUGUUGAACAUCAAUCGAUACCGGUUAAGGGCGUCCAGUUGUCCGGAUAUUUAUAGGAAUUCCAUGACCACCAUAGCGAAGACCAAGCUGGUAUGGUACGCCGGAUUAUGGGAAUUCUGGGAUCUAAUCGUGGAUAUGCUUGAUUUCUCCCACUUUGCCGACUCACGUUUCUUGCUGUUCGCCAUCAGCAAUUUUCUUUUGCACACGUGGUACGAUGUACCCUAUGUGUAUCUAACGGACAACGCCAUAGAGAUGGGAUUCAGCGAGACCGAUGCCUCCAUCUUGAUAUCGGUUAUAGGAAUCACUAACAUGGGCGGUGAGAUUAUUCUUGGUUGGGCUGGUGACAGGGCAUGGGUAAACGCAUCAAUUGUGUACGCAGUAUGUAUGGCUCUCUGUGGAGCAGUGACUGCUUUGAUACCCGUGGUGAUCGGCAGUUACUAUUCUUUGUGUGCAAUCUCUGGUGCCUUUGGAUUAUUUAUUGGGGCGAAUUACAGUCUUACCAGUAUCAUCCUUGUCGAAUUGAUCACAUUGGAGAGAUUCACCAACGCCUAUGGACUUUUGCUUUUGGUUCAGGGUGUUGCUAAUCUUAUGGGUCCUCCAUUGGCUGGCUGGCUAUACGACAUAACAGGCACGUACGAUCUAUCAUUUUACUUGGCCGGUUUCUUUAUCGCUUUAAGCGGUGUGCUACUGCUGGCAAUGCCUUUAAUUAGCCUGUAUCGAAAAUGUUUGAACGGAUCAAAGAAAGAAGAGACAGACAAAGAUUUCUCGAGCAUGAACAGCGUUUGAACGAACAAAAAGAGAGUUUCGAAGGAAAUAUAUAAACGAUGACUAUGUAUGAUCAAUUCAAUGGAAUUUAUAUAACAACACUUCCAAAAAAAAAAAGAAUAAGGAAUUGCAAUUUUGCUGCUGUAUAAUUUCAAUUUUAUGGCGGAUACUUUUUCCCCGCCGUUACGUUGAACCAGUUACAAUGAAAUAUUCGUGGUUCCUUAGUAGCAUAAGAUACGUGUAUAUGCGAAAUAAUAAAAGUCAACACGUAAAUCAAUUUUCAUCAAGAAAAUUCAUCAAGAAAUAUUUUUCAUUUUCUCUGCAGCGUGAAAGAAUGAAAUACCGAAGACCAUCAUUGUACGACAUUUGAUAUAAUGUUCGUACCACGAUAUCGGUUCAAUCGUACCAUCAACCAUCUUCCAUAAGAUUUCAAAAAAAAAAAAAAAAAAAAAAAAACUAUAAUUGAUUAUAAGAUAUUCAAGCAAAGGAAAACUGAAAUUUACGAUUAGCUCUGCGUAGAUCACGAUAGAAUGUAAGUGAAGAAUACUUGAAGCUUUUUUUAGCGAACAGUCGAAUAUAUACUGCAAAAUGGAGUUUUCCUUUCUAAAUCGAAAAUGAUGGACAAUUAAGAAAAGUUUGAAUCUCAGGAUAAUCGUAAAAGAUAAAAUUACUAAGUUGAUGAAACGUUCAACCGUUACUACGCAUAAGAUAACGAAAUUCUGAUUUUUAAAUUGCAUCGUUCAAUUUCGCAUCACGUUUGACAAGUUAUUUGAAAAUAACGCCAAAGAUAUAUAUCAUUGUAAAUACAUGUGUCGUGUGAGGUACAUCGUCAAGGUAUAUAACAUUCAUAACGUAUUAUUAGCCAUUAUUAUUUUCGUCGUUCUAUUGAUUUUCCUGCUAAUUAUGUCGAAACAGAGGACGCGUUUCACACCCCUUACACUGUCGCGUACACAUUGAUAUUGUGCAGCGUAGAGCACAGUAGGUUUCCCUAGGGGAAAUUUCCACCGCACGUGUGGAAACAUUUAUUCGGGAAAAUUCGAAUUAAUAUUUAUUCUAUUACUAAUAUUUCUUAGUUGUGUAGUAAAUUUUAUAAUAUUUAGAAUUAAGAAUUGUAUUCAUUAUAAAAAUUUAGAAUUUAAAAUAUUCCCGUCAUUUAAUCUAGGGAUCCCUAGCGCGCUCUCUGCUGUACUGUUCUCUUCGUAUAUUAGUUUCCUAGAUCAAAGACAAAAAAGUGAGAUUAAUCAAGCUGGAUAACGCUCGAUUAGUUAUUUGAAUUUUAGUUCUCAGUAUAUUUCUUUUUCGUUCCACUUCCGAUUAAUUUUUUCUUCAGCUCAUGUGCGUUUGUGCAUGCAAGGUUUUAAAGGACAUGUAUGUAAAUAAGCGUAUAUGUAUAUGUAUGUACACGUAUAAUGUAUCUGCUGUAUAUAUAUAUACACAUAUGUAUAGCUUUCUGUGAUGAUGAAUUUUACGAAGUUUUUCGAGCUACAAAAUAGAUUAAAUACCUUCGUUCCCAUAGCGUGUGCGUGCGUGCGUGUAUACAUUACUCGGAUCAAUGCGUUUAUCAAUUUAUUUGCACCGCUAUUUACAUGUUCAUCUGAAAUAACUUGAAGCAAUAUUAUAGCGUAACGACAUCGUACAGGGAUAUUCUUGACCAUGAGUUUUCAUUUUCUUUCAAUUCUCAGACGAGGUAAACGCACGACCGAGAAUAUUAUCUACCGGAACAAUGAAAAUUAUGACGUAAAGUUUGUACGAAUAUAGGACUUAAACGUAAUCGAUCCCCUGAAACGAUACAAUAUUUAUAGAACCUUAUGUGCAUUUAAAAGAGGAUUUCUUUCGGAAUUUUUACUUAGAUUACACGUAUCGACUAUAUGAGGCCUUCUUGCGAGAAAAUUUCAUAAUUAAAGAAUUUUCUUCCAAACGAGUAAGCAAUUCCAUUUUUUCAAAUAAAAUUGUAAAUGUUAAUAUUCAUCUAUUGUAUGCGUUGCGACUAAAGUCAGAAAUUAUCAGGCGAAGCUUGGUAUUAAUUUACAAAUGUGGAUAGAAUCUCGAAUACAAGUGAGAGUUCAUUUUAGAUUUUAGUCAUUUUUGUCGAUUAAUGUCGAGCAAUUUUUUACCACGGUAAUUACCUUGAUAAUUUAUCGUUUAAUUGUGGUGCAAUAACUUGUUCUACAGUGCGUGUGCUCGCGUUAUGGUAGCGUAAUUAUGCAUACGCGGCCUUACAGGCGUCUACGAAACGUAUAAAACAAUAUUUUAUUAUGAAAACAAAAAAAAAACUGCAUUUCAAAUAUACAAGAUUAAGUCGAACGGCCAUCUUUGGUCAAAGACUUUCGUCAAGUAGUAUAAGUAGUUGUUAAGGGCGAGGUGUAGGAUGACAAAUUUUUGUAAAAAGGAAUUAACGAGGACUUCUGGUUAUGAACAAAGUUACUGCUUAUUACAAAGCGCAUCGCAUUUUAAAAUAAUAGGUCUUAAUUUCUGAAUUAUUUAUAAAAUGAAUCGGCGCCCCUGCACACCUGUGACCCGUGCAGCAGCAGUCUACGUUUCCCCACAUUUCAAUUAAUUUAUUUAAUAAUUUGGGUAUAACGAUAGGUGAAAUCAAAUAUUGUUAAUAACCAGAAUGUUCUUACUAUUUCUUUAUUAAUAAAAUAUCCUAUUACCCAUUGUUGAUAACCUCGAAACAAUCGCUUGAACGUUUGAAAGUGGCUUAAAGUCUGUGCAGAGACAAGAAAAAGAAAAAUUGAUGAAAAAUUGAGUUCACGGCAUGACACAAGUGCGUUAAGAGUUUCUUUCAAACUGUUAAACAGAGAAAUUCGAGCAAAACCAGUCUUUUAGUUUUGUAUAAAUAUUUUAGAGAACUAAAGAGGCAUAUUACAACUGUUGCUUGCUAUGUGGUCCAAAAAUGAACGAUCUUUAUGAUUGUUCGUAGAACGGACUCUCGUGAGCAGUUUUAAAAUUAACAAUUUAUUUGAAACAUUAUGAAACAGUAGUUUGUUACAGUUCUGUAGAAUUAUUAUUAUUUUAUUAUUUUUAUUUUAUUGCUUAACAGAAUAGGAGGUAAUAAUAGAAGCAGUUUAUUUUGAUAUUUAUUCGAUAUUGCGAUGGUAUGUUUUAUUUUUUGAAAAUUUAUUAUUUACUGCACACGAUUGUCCUACUAAAAGAAUGGUUUUGUCACAAUUACAGGCAAGCUGUUCCAUUAAAAAUGGAAUACGGAGACUUACGUUAAGACUCCUUUUUAGACUUUAAUAGAAAACAACCCAUUUUUGAAUUAUAUGCAUGCGUAUAUAUGCACAUGGCUACACACACGAUACAGACACACAAAACGUACACACAUUCACGUAUAAACGUAUACUAUUCAACACGUACAAAAAACUAUAAAGAUCUUAUUUCAACUAAAAUAAAAAUUAAAUUACAACUAUA